CGCCGGGGCCGGGCCCAGCUGGGGAAUCCGAGGCUCUGGGGGAGGGGGUGGCGGGAAAUGGUGCCUCGCUCGCCCCAGCGACAUCAAACCCUCGUUUGGCGUGCGAGGACAAUGGCUGUCUUAUUUUCUCCAUUCGCCGCGCACAAUGCCGGAUUCUCUCAUUCACCCGCGGUGGUGCGAGCGAGCCAUGUCGGACUUCCAUGUGCAUCCCCAGGCCACCGUGGGCGAGGAGGGUGGUGUGGCCCGCUUCCAGUGCCAAAUCCAUGGGCUUCCCGAACCUCUGAUCACGUGGGAGAAGAACAGAGUCCCAAUUGACACGGACAAUGAGAGGUACACACUGCUGCCCAAGGGGGUCCUGCAGAUCACAGGACUUCGAGCUGAGGACAGUGGCAUUUUCCACUGCGUGGCCUCAAACAUCGCCAGUAUCCGGAUCAGCCACGGGGCCAGGCUCACCGUGUCAGGCUCGGGCUCUGGGGCCUACAAGGAGCCGGCCAUCCUCGUGGGGCCUGAGAACCUCACCCUGACGGUGCACCAGACCGCGGUGCUUGAGUGUGUCGCCACGGGCAACCCGCGCCCCAUUGUGUCCUGGAGCCGCCUGGAUGGUCGCCCUAUUGGGGUGGAGGGCAUCCAGGUGCUGGGCACGGGAAACCUCAUCAUCUCAGACGUGACGGUCCAGCACUCCGGCGUCUACGUCUGUGCGGCCAACAGACCUGGCACCCGGGUGAGGAGAACAGCACAGGGCCGGCUGGUGGUGCAAGCCCCAGCUGAGUUUGUGCAGCAUCCCCAGUCCAUCUCCAGGCCAGCUGGGACCACAGCCAUGUUCACCUGCCAAGCCCAGGGUGAGCCGCCGCCUCACGUCACAUGGCUGAAGAACGGACAGGUGCUGGGGCCGGGAGGCCACGUCAGGCUCAGGAACAACAACAGCACACUGACCAUUUCUGGAAUCGGUCCUGAAGACGAGGCCAUCUACCAGUGUGUGGCUGAGAAUAGUGCAGGCUCAUCACAGGCCAGUGCCAGGCUGACCGUACUGUGGGCUGAGGGGCUCCCUGGGCCUCCCCGCAAUGUGCGGGCGGUCUCUGUGUCUUCCACUGAGGUGCGUGUGUCCUGGAGUGAACCGCUGGCCAACACCAAGGAGAUCAUCGGCUACGUCCUGCACAUCAGGAAGGCUGCUGACCCACCGGAGCUGGAGUAUCAGGAAGCAGUCAGCAAGAGCACCUUUCAGCACCUGGUCAGCGACCUGGAGCCCUCCACGGCCUACAGUUUCUACAUCAAGGCCUACACACCAAGGGGGGCCAGCUCAGCCUCUGUGCCCACCCUAGCCAGCACCCUGGGUGAAGCCCCUGCCCCACCCCCGCUGUCAGUGCGGGUCCUGGGCAGCUCCUCCCUGCAGCUGCUGUGGGAGCCUUGGCCCCGGCUGGCCCAGCACGAGGGCGGCUUCAAGCUGUUUUACCGCCCAGCAAGCAAGACCUCCUUCACCGGCCCCAUCCUGCUGCCUGGAACUGUCUCCUCCUACAACCUCAGCCAGCUCGACCCCACUGCAGUGUACGAGGUGAAGCUGCUCGCCUACAACCAGCAUGGAGACGGCAACGCCACAGUCCGCUUUGUGUCUUUGAGGGGAGCAUCUGAGAGGACAGCCUUGAGCCCACCAUGUGACUGCCGGAAGGAGAAGGCCGCCAACCAGACGUCCACCACAGGCAUCGUCAUCGGCAUCCACAUCGGGGUCACCUGCAUCAUCUUCUGUGUCCUCUUCCUCCUGUUCGGCCAAAGGGGCAGGGUCCUCUUGUGUAAGGAUGUGGAUAUGAAGGAGCUGGAGCAGCUGUUCCCCCCGGCCGGGGCAGCAGGGCAGCCAGACCCCAGACCCACAGAUCCUGCAGCCCCUGCCCCGUGUGAGGAGACCCAGCUCUCCACGCUGCCACUUCAGGGGUGCGGCCUGAUGGAGGGGAAGACAGCGGAGGCCACGGCCCCCUGCGCAGGCCUGGCGGCUGCCCCACCACCCCCAGAUAGAGGCCCCGGCCUCCUCAGUGAAGGCCAGACUGCCAGGCCUACAGAGGCCUGGGUUACCCAGCCAGCUCACUCUGAACAGUAGCCAGUGUCUGGCAGGCUCCAGAGGGUGGCCGGAGAGGGGGCCCAUUCUCAGGUCAAAAGCAAGAUUUCUACUGUCGUGUGGGAUUUGGAUGGUCCUGGGGGCUCCCCAGCAUUUCUGUCCUGACUGCCUCUUGGGUUGUGAAAACCCAAGGCAGCCUUGGCAGGGACCCCCCCUCGCAACACCCAUCAGGAGCUGGAGCAGUUCCUGCAGGAGCCCGUUCCCUCCCUGGGCUGACGCCCCCUCGCCUCUGCCUGGCACCCACAUGACUUGGAACUGAACUAACAUCUUCCUUUAAAAAGCAAAACUUAAAAUCAAAAAAAAAAACAAAAGGGAGAGAGAUAGAGGAAGGUGAAUUCGACUCCAAAAGAUGACCCUGCUGUAGCUGGGCCCUGACACUGUCACCCUCCACCGACCUUGUUUUCUCAGGAUGGAUUUUUGCUGUUUUGGCUCUCAGCACCUACCUCAGCCGGAAUGAAUGUCCUGGGGGCAGUGGGGCGGUGGCCUCAGCCCUCUUUCCCCACAGAGCCCGAAUGCACUCCUACCUCAAGCCCCCUUGAUGGGGACCCCCUCUCCCUUCCCACACUGUUGUCCAGAGUAAAAAAAAAAAAAAAAAAAAA